CUUUUAAAUUAUGCAAAUAAAUUCACGCACAAAAGCCAACUGCGAAAACAACUCCAAUUCGAAUUCGAAUUCGAAAUUGAUUUAAGUGUUGCAUAACAAAGGAAAAACCGUUGAGCAAAACAACGAAGCGAAAAAGUCGAAAAUGUGAAGUCAAAACAAAAUGAAGUGUAAAAAGAAUCAAGUAAAACAAUAAGCGCGAAAAAACACCGCAUACACACACACACACACCCUCACACCAACACACAGACACUGACACAAAAGGAACAGCAACAAAAGGCAAACGCGAGGAGAGCAAAGCGAAAGCCAAAACGUUUUCGUCGCGGCUCAAGCUGUAACGGUUAACGGCUCUCGUGCGUCUCACAUUCCAUUUCGUUUCGUUCCGUUCCGUUCCGUUCAGUUUCGUUCCGUUUCGUUCCGUUUCGCGUUUCCGUUCCGUUUCGUUCGCCGGCUGCACUUCCAAUGGCUGUUUGUUCCUUAUGAUGGAGACAUUUCUUGUCCUGGGCCUGUGUUUUAUCCUGUACGAAGCAUUGGAUUUCUUUCAAGGCUGCAUCCAUAGCAACACGCCCUCACCGAGCGACCAGAUCGAGGCCUAUCGCCGCGAACUCGACGAACAGCGCCAGCAGCAGCAGCAGGAACAAUUUCUGGCCGGCCUCACGCCCCUGCUGGGCGCCCAAUUCGCAGCUGCUGCAGCUGCCGCUGCCGCUGGCUCUCAGUCGACGCUCAGCAGCACGCCCACCGCCUCCACAGCGAGCGUCAUCAGUGACUCCUACGAGCAGGAGCAGUCGCAAUCGCAAUCGCAAUCGCAAUCUCAAUCGCAGCAGCCACAUUCGUUGAGCACGCCCGGACUGUUCCGUCCGGCCGCACUGGGCUAUUACGAUCCGGAGGAUCCGUUGCAUGCCACCUCGUCGCUGCCACGCGACUACUACUACCUGCAGCAGCAGCAGCUGAAGAACAAGGCCAGCUCGAAGUCGCUGCUCUCGAAGUUCUCCGCCACCAAUUCCGAUAAUCGCAUCCACCCGGAGGGCAGUGCACACGGCGUGCUCGGGGCGCACGGCUCGCCACACACGGUUGUCACCACACAGCCGCUGCCCGCGGGUGAGUCGGCGGCCAGUUUGGGGCUGUUCGAUUGCCAGCCGCAGCUGGUGCCGUUGCUGCCGGCGGCGCCGCUCUUCCUGGAGCUGAAGCGUGCCAUAAUCAGCACGCAGGCGGCGACGACGGCGACGACGCGUCGGACGAGCAGGAGGCGUUGCCACAUCGACGUGAACGAGGAGGAGGACGAGGCGGAGCAGCAGCAGGAGCAGGAGCAGGAGCAAGUUGAGUCGGAGGAGGAGGACGACGAACAGGAGCCGCAACAGGAGACAAUUUGUCCACAGUGCGUUGAGGAGGAAGUGCAGCAGCAGUACGACGAGGCAGAGCAAGUGCUCGACCAGGAUCCACUCGCCAGCCACGCUACGGAUUGCCACGCCGGCGGCGCCAACAGCGAGCCCAACAUCUGCGCCGCAUCGCAGCUGCCGCGGAUCCAUCACAUCGCCAUCGACGACAUUGGCAUCGGAGGGAUCGGGCUGACAGCGGCGAGUGGCGAGCCGAACCACUGCCUGGCCACUAGUUCCAGUUCCAGUUCGCACGCCGAUUUUCGUGAAAUCGAAUGCGAACGCCUGCGACGCAAGUGCGUGAGCGUUAAGCGCAUCUAUAGCAUAUCGGAGAAGUUCUAAACUUUCAAUCCACUAAUCGCAAUCGCAAUCGCAAAUCAAAUAUCGAUAAUCGCAAAAAAAAAAAAAAAAAAAAAAAAAACACUCACACGAAAAGCAAAAUCAAAUCAAAUUUAUCAAAGCUCAACUCAUUUUUUUGUUGGUACAAAAAGCGCUAAACUCACCUUUGCACCAGUCGAAUUCAAUAUCGAUAAUUAUCGAUCCAAAUCGAGCAAUCAAAAAUUUUACAAUCAAAUCCAAAUCAAAAUCGCAAUCAUCUAUCGCCUCACAGCAAAAAGUAAAAAGAAAAAAACCAAAAAAAAAAACAAAAAGCCAAAAUAUAAACAACAAAAUUCAAUAAUCGAUAAUCGAUAAUCGCAAAACAAUGCAAGCAAAAUCACAAAAUUUCCAUCUGCGAAAUACCCCACACAAGGCAGGGUCCUCACAGCAGCUGCUUGGUGCGGCCCGAUCACUAUUAAACAAAUGUGUGAGCAGCAAUCAAUCAAAAACUUGUAAAGACCAACAACAAUAAAAAC